AGGGCCUCGCGCGCCCCGGGCCGCAGGUGAAAGGCCGGGGCGUGAGGGCCUCGGCGCACCGCCAUGGACGCCGCGCUGCCCGCACCCCUGGGCGCCCCGCAGGCCGAGGUGCUGGAGGAUGUGCUGCAUGAGCAGUUUGGGCCGCUGCCGCAGCUGGCUGCCAUCUGCCGGCUCAAGCGGCGGCCCUCGGGCGGCUACUCGUCCACCGAGGACCUGCAGCUGGUGCUGGAGCGGCGACGCGUGGCCAACGCCAAGGAACGCGAGCGGAUAAAAAACCUCAACCGUGGUUUUGCCAAACUGAAGGCACUUGUGCCGUUUCUUCCCCAAAGCAGGAAGCCUAGCAAAGUUGAUAUUCUGAAAGGUGCAACUGAGUACAUACAGAUUCUCAAUGAUGUUUUGGAAGGAGCCGACCACCCAGAGAAGCAAGACUCAGAUGAGCAGAACUAUAGCAAAAAUCCUUCAGAGCCACACAUGUGCUUGGCUAGAGAGCUCUCGAGGAACGUUGCCCAGCAUCCCAGCUGUGCUGUCAUCAGCUUGAAGAACGAGGAAGGGCCCUGGGCAGAUGGUGGCAGUGGUGAGCCAGUAUGUGCUUGUCACCAGAGCAUGGCAUCCGCGACUGGAGUGAUCUCGUCGACUGGGAGUCUGGGGGUUCCACGGUGCGGGGAUGCGGAGGAAACACGGCGCUGCAGACUAGCGGGGUGCAUUGAUGAGGCGCGCCCAGAAAGCGCAGCAGCCGGCUUCUCGCCUCUCAGUGGAAGAGCAGACCUGGAGGAGGAGAUGCCGCACCGGAGGCUUGGCCGACGCCCUCCUGGGGAGCUGAGCUGGCGGGUUCUGCAGCUGCAGGGACGGGUGGAGCAGGUGCAGAGUCCCCUGCCGCAUUCGGUCCAGGCGGCCGCCUGUGAACGGGCCGACGGGUUUGGAUUUUGCUUGGACUGCGCCACUUUGAAGAUGGAGAAGGCCACUGUCCCUGAGGAGUUCAUCUUCUAG